AGGCCUACAGGUAACCGUCACUUCAGAGGUGAGGCUUAGUACGGAAAGUCGAAGAAAAAAAACAUGGUGUGGGGAUGAUUGAGUUGCUAAUCUAGACCAUGGUGCAACGAUCGCUGAUGAAAAAAAAUGACGAGAGCCAAAAAUGACAGAGGUGGUUUGCAUUAUUUGUAUCACAGCUCUAAACACAGGUAAAUGUUGGGCGCCACGUUAUAUCAUUCCUUGUUAUACCUGACUCGCUUAGACGUGAAACGUUACCCCAGGUGGGACUGUUCUUACCCAGGCCCUAGACACAUGUGAGAAUGAAAGUGGCUGUAACCCAGUUAGGGUUGUUCUACCUGUCGGUUUGUCUGCAUUGCAGAUCGAAGCAUGGACAGCAGUUAACGGCCUCUUGAUUGACCCACGGAUCGAAGCGUACGCGGAGGGAUCGCCACUACCAUAUUAUUCUUGACAGCCUGGCAUUAAGGUGGAUGUUUGCGCACGCCACGUCCAGGCCUCUUUUACUUGGCAACUUAACGCUACAACAACAACGUGAAGAUAGAAUCAAACCAUGGCUGACGUGGUUGAUAGAGUGGCAACACCAGGGAAGAUAACGGGCACGCAGCCUAAGUACAGAGACAAGCAGCAGCCGCACAAACCACAGACUCUUCGACAUAUCCUACACGGUACCAAGCCACCAUUCACGAUCAAACUGUGCCGUGGAGAUUUGGAUAAAUAUCUACCCCUUCGCCAGUCCGAUAGCAAGGCUGUCCGAUUCAAAGUUACGGAGAUUCGUCGAAAGAAAAAUGUGUUGGCCCGCAAGAUGCAAUGGGACAGGCAAUCGGAGGAUUACGUACCUACGGGGUCCCAGCUGGAGAUCCCAUCCACGUAUAAAGGCUGGUUCGAGGUCCUCCCAGACGAUGGGCGCCCAGUGGAAUAUUUCGACACAAUAUACGGUAUAACAUCGGUGAAGCCUCGACGGUUUUUGGUGCGCACGUCCACCGUGGGUUACCAGCUUACCGUGGAUGAAAAUGGCAGUAGCUGGACACCAUGUGAGGUCCGACCGGGAGAAGUCCUCACCACUGGCAUUGUGUAGAAGAAACACAAGGCUUCCACCAAUAUGAAAAACUUGUUUAAACGCAUCCUUCGCCAGGGACGUUUCGGAAAGAAGGAUAACGAUUUGAGAUAUUUACAAUGUUUUGAUUCUGAGGGGAAAGAGAUUAUGAUUCCCUUGAUAAUGAGCGGGGUGUUCAGUCCUAUUGGUGAUAUCACUGAAACAAACUACGACGCUGUUUAUGAUUUACAGGAUAUGUUACUCGCAUUCUCCGUUCCGGUCAAAGUUCAACUGGUGCAUGGCAAUCCGAAACAAAACAAGUUGUCCCCCAAUGGGGUGUUACGGAUAGAGGGAGCUCGCGAUCAAGACUAUGCAAUGGUCAAGGCUGGCUAUCCGAAAUAUGCCUCAGAAGAUCUGUUUGAACUUCCGGUAGACUGUGAUCUAUUGUUUCUCAAGGAAGACAUUCCUAGGCCCAAGAAAGUCGCUUCUACAUCUGACAAGGUAGAAGCGCGGGGCAGUUCUGCAGAGUGGAGGAAAGUAGUAAAAGAUAUCUCUUUGCCAGUCAGAGUACCAAACAAGGACAACCGAAAACUAAAGGGUUCUAUUAUCCUGGAAAAAUUAAGCCAGAAAGUCGAAAAAGAGCGUGCAAGUCUAAAGGCCUUGCAAAGAGAAGGCGUGUUUUCGUCAAGGCUGAACAAACCGGAAAUGACCUAUGAUGACUUCUUUUGUAAAACGGAAGACGAUGAUGACACUGAUGAAGAAAGCUCGACCCAGAAGGAAGAGAAAAAAAGGAGGAUAAAAAAAAUGGAAGAGCAAACGGUUAGUGAGCAUUCCGACGCGAAGAAUCAGGAACCCGAAGCAGGAUAUGCGGUGGUGCGCAAGCGUCAAAGAAACGGCGAAAAGCCUGAGAGGCCCAAAAGUAUACAAGAACGAACUCUGCCUCCAAUUCCCGUGGAGGAAGCGGGGGAGGAGCCUUCAGUAGAGAUUAAACCUUCCCUCCCUAAAACUGCUCCUCCAGUGAGACCCACUUUAACCCACCGGUCUCAAACAAACAGUGAUUUAGACGAUUCUUCAGAAACUUUGUAUGAAAAACUUCCACCUGCUCCUAAACCACCCACGUCCAUAAAUCAGCCUCACACGGCGGUGUCCAGACAGUCGAGCCAUGUAGCUGGGACACAGCGCGAAGAAGACGGCUACCUUAUACCAACAGAGGCUAAGAAUCAAUACGUGCGACCCCCCUCCACUCAUGAAGAGUUUUAUGUUCCCAGAAGACUACCCAGGGCGAAUUCAAGAGAGGGUCAACGGGCUCUUCGAGCCCAGAGAUCCCGAAGUGAGUACGGCGUUCUAAACUCAGACUGCCCUCUAGACAUUGACGAUUUGUUCGAUUUUAGUACAGCUGAAAGGGGAGGCAUGUACGGGAGUAUUCUGGAACUCCUGACAAUCGUACGCUCACCCGGAACCAACAUAACACGGACAGGCUCUCGAGAGCUGCCCGGUUUGACAGGUGUGCGCUUCAAGUCUAUGUCUCAGAGAAAUCUUAGCAUGGAUCCAAACGCGACCAUUCGGAGUCACAACGUCAAAAAACUACGCACGGCGCUCGAACUGUUCAACUUCAGUGACUCGUUUAUGGACCUGCGUGACGAGAGAGCCGCCCAACAUGCAGAUGGUCUGCUGCAAGGUGUUCAGCUAGCUCGGGAGCCAUCUCGAUUCAUAUACGGCCCACGCAGAGAAGAGGACGACAUCCUAGCCUCCCAACAGGCUCCUCAGCGUCAUUUCACUGGCAGAGACAGUGGUAUAGGUGGCAUCAGCUACGCAGAAAGUGAGCCAGGGUACAGACAAUACCAAAGGUCUUAUUCCGUGACUGGUCUCAGUGACUCGUACAUUAAAAACGGCGACGACUCGGCCAUCUCGUUAUGUUCACGUGGGACUACGGGGGGCUACAUUGCCGAGAGUGAGUACAGUUACACGGGGUACCAUGACCCACGUGACGAUGAUGUACCCCCUGACGACCUGCAUACGCUUACAGUCCUCGAAGUAUCCAAGUCUUUGCGUUAUAUUGGUAUGAAGGAUAGAGUGGUCAUUCGCUUCGCGCAAGAACAAAUUGACGGCAAUAUGCUUUGCUCUCUCGAUAAUAGGCUGCUCCAUGAAGGCUUUCCGGAACUGAAUAUGUUAGAAGUUAAGAAAAUUGUCGACUUUUUAAAUGGGUGGCGACCAAAAAAGUAAAUCUCCAUAUUCCAGUUUUCUACGACUCUGUUUUGGAUUAAAUACAAUUAAUAUUUGACAAAUCGUCAUAAUACGAUCAGAGAAAAGUGACACGAAUGUAUCAAGAGAUGAAUAGUUUUUCAUUCCUUCAAAUGUAGGGCUUAGGUGCAAUAAGUUGACAACCCAACGGUAGGUCUAACUCUUCCUGUAGUUUGCUUUCGCGGAAUUAAGAUAAUAUCACCCCAACAGAGUCGAUAAUGGCCACAUUUCAUGAUUGCGACAGGAUGUGCAUAGUCGUUCGUAGAAAUUAAACAAAUAACGUUUUGUAGGAGGAUGGCCAGUACAGAAUGAAUCAGAAAAACAUAAUGCAGUUUCAACAGUGUGACAAAAUAUGCGUGACUCCCACUUGUAAGAACCAAAAUAAAACUAGCCAGGUUCAUGAGAAUUUCGUGUUGGAUUUUUCACAGUUUUGAAGCCUUUGAGCAGUUAAUGUAAUGUACAAUCCACUUUAGGCAAUUCCAAGUUUCCGUCUAUUUUCAUGAUUUUCGGACCCUCGUAUCUACAUGUAGUAUUUCAUACAAUUUAAUAAGUAAACAUCUCUCUACAUAAAGUCUGAAAUUUGUUACAUACAUGUGUACUCAGGGAAUCCAAACCUCUGAUUUCGAAUUGAUUUAGUGUAUUGAUCCGUUAACCUGUAUUAGUCAAUGUCUGGUUAGGUUUGUACUGGUUAAGUCUAGAACAUCUGGAUAAAGUAUUAAAAAGCUUACAUAACAUAGGACCUGAAUGAAGUCAACCAGUAUUAGUUUAACACACAACGUGUUAAUACAAAACUGUACUCUUUGUGUUGUUUUGUUCCAGAUUAAAGGUUUAUACGUGUUGUUAACGACUUCAGAAUUGUUGUGUAUAAAUGCUAUUGUAUGUCAUUCUUUGCUGACUGAUAGGAUUUGUAUGAAGCCAUGGCUGUGGAACAUGCAUGCUGUAAUCAUGAUUACAUAAUCAUGAAAACAGCAGUACAUAAUAUUCAUAUGAGCAUUCAAUGUACAAUACUGAUGGAAUUACAAUGUGAUCGGAGACAUGCUCAACUGUCUCCAGUGAUGUAAGGGUAGAUAACUAAAUGACACACGUGGAUACAAAAAAGACACUGUUGGUCUCAGCAGUCAUAUACUAGCUUCUCUGUUAUCUUGCACAUUUGGUCGCGAUAUUUCCUUUGGUCACUCUUUCGAAAAGAUUAACCUUUCGCACAUUUCGAGUUUCACUUUGAGAAACGACGAACAAGAAACUUGCGGGAUACAGUUCAUGCAAUGCGAAAUUCCGUUUCUCAACGAGAGUUUUCUUCAAAAAAAUGAUAGGACUGUCAGGUGAACAUGAGUCCAUAUGAUCACAUACAAGUCUCGCUCAAAAGCGUGAUUUCGCAUUCUGGGAAAUUUUUCGCCAGAAUCGCAAUAUCUUUUCGGCUCUCUGCAUUUUGCUGUGGAAGAUUUGUUUUGUCAGUUGGACUAGGACAUGAUUACCAAAAUAAAGUACCAAUACCACAUUCUAGCUUUAGCAGCUUAGCUAUUCCAAUAUCGUAUGACUCAGUAAGACUGUCAUGUGGUGUGUUCAGAAGACAUCUUGAAUUCUGAAUUAUUGCCAUUAGAAACUUAAUAAGGUAUACUAGAACUUAAUUCUAAUUUGACUGACAUAAAUUAUCUUAAUAACUUGGAUUCAGCUACACUUCAGUUGCGUCAGUACAAAACUCCAUUCGUAGGAUCUUGCCCCAUAAGUUCGACAAUAAAAUCGUAGUGAAGACAAAUGGACAUCUCUGUGGAAGUAGCCCAAAGCCUUUGGUAACGUUUAAUGAUUUAGGUUUCUACAUCUCAUAAUACAUUAGACGUUGCAGAAAUAGUAUACGUAUUUUAUUUGCUGUUAUAUAAGCACCGAAAAUGUGAUAAUGCCUGUAUCAAUAUGUUAAGCGUUCGUUCUCAUUAUUCUGAAGCAUGUUGUUUUUGUAGGGCUAUGAUAAGCAUGUGAUAUACAUUUGAAUAUCUUUUAUGUUAACAGUUCAGACAGUUAUUUAUGUUAUUGUUAUGAAAUUAAAUGUUU